AUGCCCUACCCACAGGUUACGUACAAAGACACCGUCUUCAAUGGGCCAUCCCUGCUGAAGCGCCAGAAGACAACCAUAAGCCAGGUCACGGUCAAAGCCCAGCUCAAGCAGUUGCGCGAUUCCGGCCGCUAUGAUUGCUUCAAGCUGCAAUGGCACCCCGUGUACGACGACAAGUCCAUGUGGCCCGUUCCGAAGAGCCUGUUCUGGGACAGCGACAUUGGCAAAUGGAUUGAGGGAGCGUGCUACUUGCUCUUCGAGUCGUACGAUGCCGAGGUCGAUACUGCCGUCCGCGAAUUGGUCGACAUGAUCCGCUCCGCUCAGCAGGAGGACGGCUAUCUGAAUGUCUACUUCACCGUGGUGGAGCCGGACGCCCGCUGGUCCAACAUCCGGGAUCAGCAUGAGCUCUACAACGCGGGGCAUCUAAUCGAGGGCGCCCUCGCCCAUCGAGAGUACUACAAGAAUGACCUCUUGAUGGAACCCAUUCUCAAGUACGUCAAGCUGAUUCGGUCCGUAUUUGGUCCGGGCCAAAGCCAGAGGCAUGCGUAUCCCGGGCAUCCCGAGAUUGAGCUCGCGCUUCUUCGCCUGUACCACGCGACCGGCGAACAGGAUGCCUACGAUCUGGCCCAGUACUUCAUAGAGGAGAGGGGCAACCCGAACGGGCAGGAUGGGCAGCUUUACUAUGACUGGGAGGAGAAGCAACGCGGCGACAGCCCGUGGAUGCGCCCUGAUCCGUACCCGGUGGCGCAUGCGCAUUGGUAUAACCAGGCCCACGCUCCGAUCCUCCAGCAAAAGACGAUUGAGGGUCAUUCGGUACGCGCCGUGUACCUGCUGAUCGCGGUCGCUGAUCUCGUCGUCCUCGAUGAAACAGGCGGGAAGCCGUACCGUUCCCGAGACGAAUACCUCAAGGCUGCCAAAACCCUCUGGGACAACAUGGUCGACAAGAAGAUGUACGUGACCGGCGGCGUCGGUGCUAUAAGCGCCUGGGAAGGAUUCGGCCGCGACUACUUCCUCCCUCAGGGUACGAACGAGGGCGGCUGCUACGCGGAGACGUGCGCGUCCAUCGCCGUUAUGAUGCUCGCCGAGCGGAUGCUCCACCUCGAACUGGACUCGCGAUACGCCGACAUUAUGGAACUGUGCCUCUAUAACGCGGUGAUGACGGCCAUGAGCCUGGACGGUAGGGAGUUCACCUACGUGAACCAGCUGGCCAGCUCCGACGAGGACAAAAGCGUCCGUCACGACUGGUUCGAGUGCGCCUGUUGCCCUCCUAACCUGAUGCGCCUGUUCGGCAGCCUCGGAGGCUACCUCUGGGACUAUGGAUACCGAGACCGUGUCGCUCACGUGAACGUCCAUUUGUACACGACCGCCAAGGUGGAGUUUGAUGCCGGUGGUGAAAAAGUGACUCUGGAGCAGGAGACUAAUUGGCCGUGGGACGGCAACGUGUCGUUCCGCCUGGUCGCGCCAUCGUCCGUCGAUACUGUCGUCCGCCUGCGCCUACCUGCAUGGUCUAGGGGCGAGUUCACGCUGUCACCCCCAUGCCACGACGCGACAGCCGAGCGAGGGUAUCUAACACUCCCGUCCUCGUACACCUCGAAACAUGGUUCUUUCGAGGUGACCAUCCAUGGGUUCGAGCCUCGCCACCUGUCCCCCCACCCUUAUACGAAUCAGAACUCGCUCGCGAUGGCACGUGGACCGAUCAUCUAUUGCGUGGAAGACGCCGACCACCCGUGGGAGGAGAACCAUUUCCGCGACGUGGUCAUCUCGGAUCAGUCACAAGUCACUGAAGAGAAGCGAACCGUGGAUGGUACGGACGAGCAUUUCGUCGCGCUCAGGACGGUCGGCUGGAUCCGCGACAUGGGCGUAAACCUGAUUCUCAACCUUGUAGAGUCGAAUACGCUUCAAGGUCGCAUAGUCAACAAGGCGCCAGAGUUUGACGCGGAGACGUGA